AUGUGGCGUGUUACAUUGUUGUUGUUGUUGCUAUCGCUUGUCUCGAGGGCUGCGGGGGACCAACAAGCGCUGACAGCUGAAGCCUUUGAUGAAUUGACAAGCGAUAAAGCCAUUUUCAUUCGAUUUGUGACAAAGUGGUGCGAAGAGUGUGCCGAAACAGAAGAAGACUGGGCAAAACUCAAAGAUGAGUGGAAAGACCACUCUAUUGGAUUUGUCAGAGAGGUGUUUUGUGACGACGAAGAGACAGAACUGAUUUGUGAGAGCUUUGAGGUAGCGGGUUAUCCCUCCAUUUAUUGGGGCGACCCACAGAGCCCAGAACUUUACCGCGGAAAACUUGACUAUGAGUCUCUGUCUUCCUUCGCUGAAGAGAACCUCAAGAGUUUGCCUUGUUCAGUAACGAAUCUAGAUGCUUGCGAUGCCAAAAUAAAAAAGAUCAUUGAGAAACUAAGUAAAAAAUCAUUGGAUGAAUUGGAGGCAAUGGAAAAACAAGUAAUUGGAAAAGUGGACGAGGAACAGAACAGAUUCGACACUGCAGCAAUGAAAUUGCAAGAGCAGUACAAGCAAUUGGCCACCAACUUCAACACCAAAGUUGAUAAGCUAAGAGACGAUUCCGGCUUCAAGUGGUUGCAGCAGAUUCUGAACCAGAAAUACGAAGAGCAAGAGUUGGAAGACGACACGGACGAGCCAGAGAAGGAUGAGUUGUAG